CUCCACCUUCCCUUCCCCUCCCCUCAUUCCCUCCUAUUUAUCAUCCUCUCCUCUUCUCCCUCUGUUUCUAACAAAAAGUUAAAAACCUCUCUCUCUCUCUGGACUCCGUAUUCUCCUGCAGAAAAUUGUCCCUCACCGAUUCCAUUCAUUUUGGAUCUGAUAUAUAUAGAGCGGCCAUGCAAAGCCCUUCAGAGAACAAAAGAGUUGGCGUCUACACCUACAUGGCUCAGUGGCCUAUUUAUGCACUUGCUUGGUCGGUUCGCCAUGACAAGAAACACCGUCUAGCUAUUGGGAGUUUUCUUGAAGACUAUAGCAACAAAGUUGAGCUCGUUCAAUUCAAUCUUCACACUUGUGAUUUCUCCACCGAUAACCGGCUCAUCUUCGACCACCCUUAUGCACCCACAAACAUCAUGUUCUUCCCCUCUGAGGACAGUGCAAAUCCCGAUAUUGUCGCCACCUCCGGCGACUACUUACGUCUAUGGCAAAUUUAUGAUGACAGAAUUGAGCUCAAGUCCCUGUUCAAUGGCAAUAAGAGCAGCGAAUUUAAUUCAGCUAUAACAUCUUUUGAUUGGGCAGAUUUUGAUGUUCGUCGAGUGGCUACAUCUAGUGUGGACACUACUUGUACGAUUUGGGAUAUAGAGAAGGAGACUGUAGACUCCCAACUAGUCGCACAUGAUAAAGAAGUGUAUGAUAUUUCUUGGGGGGGAUUGAAUGUUUUUGCUUCAGUUUCUGGUGAUGGUUCAGUUAGAGUUUUUGAUCUAAGGGACAAAGAAAGAUCAACAAUAAUUUAUGAAAACCCUAUUCAAGAAUGUCCUUUGUUACGGCUAGAGUGGAAUAAAUGUGACCCAAGAUUUGUAGCCACAGUUGGUAUGGAUAGUAAUAAGGUAGUAAUUUUAGACAUUCGCUUUCCAACGACUCCAUUGAUGGAGCUGUGUAAGCAUAAGGCAAGUGUUAAUGCUAUAUCUUGGGCUUCGGUUUCCGGACGGCAGAUAUGCUCGGCCGGAGAUGAUUCUAGGGCCUUGAUAUGGGAAGUGGUGGACUCUGGUCACCGGUCGGAAAACGGUUUUGGUGGUGAUAUGGACCCUGAUAUGUGGUAUGGAUCAACGGCUGAAAUCAACAACGUACGUUGGUCGCCUGUUCAUUUGGACUGGAUUUCUGUAGCUUUUUUGAAUAAACUACAACUGUUGAAGGUUUAGAAAAUUCAAAAUUGCAGUGUAUGACUAGUAAUUAAGUUUGAAAUGCAGUAACGGAUGGCUAGCUACCUUUGUAGCUAGCUUGAGAUGAGUUGUUGGUUGAAGACAUGCCCUAACCUCAGUUUAAUGAAAUAAAGAGUUCUCUAACGAGUUAAUUUA